UUCCUGAAGUAGAGUUAUCAGAGAGAAUGAGCGAGCGCGUUUUAGGGAGAGACACUUGAAGUGAAGUGAAGUCGAGGGACUAGAGGGACUCAGGCAUCGCGGCUCAUGGAAGCAACUCUUGGCUUCACGCCUCGUGUAUUUGGAUUCAAACCCCUCAGUUUUCGAGAUCAACGGACUGGAAGUAAACUUGAAGAAUGCUAUCCCCUAUGUGCAAAAAACAGUUUUUCUCAUAAGAUGAAUCUAGCAGAAUCUGGCCGAAGGCGUUUCUUGUUACGUAACAGACCUAUUAUUUUUAGAGCAAACAAAAAAAUCUCUAUCAAUUCUUCAGAUCAGCAUCGAACUGAUUAUGCAAAUGCUGAUGCAUCGCCUGUACAUGAAGCCAUACCACCUAGAUCUAAUGAUGGGGCUGCUUUUCUCAAUCUGCUUGAUGUCAAUAACUUGAAUAGUUUGCAAUACCCACCUAAAAUGUUUCGAAACAGGUUCCUCAAUUUUGGUCGGAUGAAUUCUGUUAUCAAUAGUGCUGCUGAAUCAUUUUUCAAGAGUGAGAUAAGAAGGAGGUUAUUUGUGACAGCUGUCCUAAUUGUAAUUGGUCGUGUUGGAUAUUAUAUUCCUUUGCCUGGAUUUGAUAGAAGGUUGAUACCUCGAGAUUAUCUAAGCUUUGUCACUGGAUCUGUUGAUGAAUUGGAUUUCUCAACGGAACUGAAACUGUCGUUCUUUCAGCUUGGAAUCAGUCCUCAGAUAUUAGCAUCAAUACUCAUGCAGGUACUCUGCCAUGUUGUUCCAUCCCUGGUAAAGCUGCGGAAAGAAGGCUUGGAUGGCCAUGAGAAGAUUAAGAGUUAUAUAUGGUGGAUAUCACUUGGCUUUGCAAUAUUUGAGGCAAUCAUAGUUGCUUGCUAUUCACUUCCUUAUUCAGUUUAUGCAGCCAGUCAAAGGGUCAAGCAUGUGAUGGUGACAGCUCUUUUGUUGGUCUGCGGUGCAAUGACUAUGACUUGGAUCUGUGACACGAUAUCAGAAUCUGGAUUUGGUCAAGGUUCAUCUCUAAUUAUUUGUGUGGGAAUCCUGACGGGUUACACUGAAACAUUAUACAAGAUGCUGUCUCAGCUCUCAGGGAGUGCUGCUAGUUGGUGGCCUUAUAUGCUCGCAGUAUUGGGUGUUUUUACCAUUGUCACUAUGUGGGCUGUUGUGGUGACUGAGGGUUGCAGGAAAAUAAAGCUGCAAUACUAUGGCUUUAAACUUGCAUCUGCUGCAAGAGAUGAUUCCCCAAUUACUGAAGUGGAGCCUUAUAUCCCUUUCAACAUUAAUCCAUCUGGAAUGCAGCCUCUUCUCACCACGACUUAUCUCUUGGCUGUUCCCAGUAUUCUUGCUGGUAUCCUUGGUUCACCUUUCUGGGAGCGCAUUAAGGAGAUAUUGAACCCCGAAACUUCUAUUGGUGCAGAGCCCUGGGUUUACUAUUCAAUAUAUGCUUUGUUUGUCUUUUUAUUCAAUAUAUUUGACAUUGCCAACUUGCCAAAGGAGAUUGCAGAUUACUUGAACAAAAUGGGAGCUAGGAUCCCAAAUGUGAAACCUGGGAAGGCGACCAUUGAGUACCUCACAAAGAUCCAGGCAUCAACACGUUUCUGGGGAGGUCUAUUGUUGAGUGUAUUGGCAACUACAUCAACCAUUCUUGAUCAUUACUUGCGUCGGAUCAAUGAGGGAUUUGCAAUUGGGUUUACAUCGGUUCUAAUUAUCGUGGGUUCUAUUAUUGAACUAAGGAGAUCUUAUCAAGCAUAUAAUGUUAUGCCAAGUUUGAGCAAAGCUCUAAGGCGGUAUGGUGUGUAACAUGAUGAUGCCGCAAUCACCUUUUCAGAGACUCUUCAAAUGGCAACUGUUGAUUGGUAUUCCUUCUUGCAACACCUCGGAGGAUAAGCACCAGGAACUGCCAACUUCAGUUGUGCAAGUAAAAAGAUAGAUGUCUUUUUAUUAUACAGAUUAAAUGAUGCAAGAGUGGAUUCUGAACCUCAGUAUUUGAUGGACGGGUGGACACAAAACAUAAUUCUACCUGGCCGUGGAAGGGGAGGGCCUGGUUCAUGUUGCUGCUUGAGGCUGAUGCUUGGUCGAUGGCUGGAUUGAAUGAAACCUCUUGACAACCUUGAAAAAUGUCGUGCUAUUAUUGAUUUUUUCCUUAAAAUCCCAAACCUGAAGCCAUGUAGCUUGCACAUAGUGACUUCAAAUUCAACUACGUUUCGUUUUCUUGGAUUUUCUAGAACAAAGAUAUCUUAGACAUGAGAGGGAUUUAGCGUCAAUUCAAAACUUAUGCUUAUGGAA